CAGCGCAGGCGCCUGGCGGUGGAAGGAGCCGAGGUGGGGGAGAAAGCGAGGGCAUGAACAGAUGCACCGCAGACACCCACCAGUCUGAAGAGCAAGGUAUCUUCCUUCCUCCGGCUGUCAAAUCCAUACCUAUCUCGGUGCUCAAGCAGAAUGGGCUCCUGCAGGCUCUGGCAGAGGGACCCAAUGGGCGCACGGAAGCUGAUCCUAGCGCAGAGUUGCUGCAAGCCCAGGAAGAAUGGGAGGCCGUGGAAAGUCUCCAGUCAGGGAUCGUGGGGACGUGUGCAGGUCACGUGCCCCUGAUUGCCUUCAAUGAAGCACUGCAGUAUUUCCAGACAGCUGACCUGUCAGAGUGCAGGAAAAAGAUCCAGCCGACAGUGCAAAGGCGAGGGCUGUCUGCUGUGGCUCACUUCUUCUUCGGCCCCCCGCGGCUCCAUCAGCAGCUGCAAGGCGAGCGGGAUCUGGCCCUGGCGAUAGCCCAGUGUGGCUUGGAUAAUAAUGAGAAAGUGCACAUGAGGAUCCUGCAGACCAUCUACAAGAAACUAACAGGCUCCAGAUUUGAUUGUCCCCGCUACGGAGCCCACUGGGAAGAGCUGGGCUUUCAAGGUCUGGAUCCUGGGACAGACCUGCGUGGGACUGGAUUGCUCGGGUUAAUGCAAAUUCUGUAUUUUGUAAUGGACUCUCGGACAUUACCCCUCGCUCGAGACGUUUUCAAGCUGUCCCAGCAUGAAUCACAGAAUUUCCCUUUCUGUGUCAUGUCUAUAAAUAUCACUCGCAUCGUGAUCCAGGCCCUGAGGGAAGAACAUCUUUCUCGAGAGUGUAACCGCAGACAGCAGGUCAUUGCGGUGCUGAAUGAUUUGUAUGUGGCCACUUCCCUGCGCCUCUACGUCAUCUGGAAAACACAACAGAAAACAAUUUCUGACUCUGGCUUCGUUCUAAAAGAACUGGAGGCAUUUGCCAAAAAGAAACCGAAGCAGCUUCUGAGAUAUUUGGAGAUCUACAUGAGUGGGAGAGCUGUGUCAGUAAUAGAUGGUGGUUUUCAACACCCUUCUCCCUCCUCCGGCAUACACAGUCCCGACCUCAACUCUGCCGUCGGCAACAGCAGCAAAGAGAUAAACUUCACGGGAGUGUGCGACCCUCAGGUUGAGAUGGAAGGAGAGGCCCGGCUGAUCUGAAACCAAGGCAACACCGCCGGCUGGGAAGAUUCUUGUAAGACACUGACAAAUGCUCCCGUUGGCAGCGCUCAUUAGUGGCUGCUAGUCCCCUGCCAGUCUGUUCACAGUCACUUGUGAAGGAGUGGGAGGUCUGAGAUGGUUCUAAAGCAAGCGCAGCGUCCGAGCCGUUAGGCCAGAUGUAGUGGGACACGCCGGGGGCAGUUGGUGGAGUUUGCAAUGGAGACCUAGACACCCUGCUUCAUUGUAGAUGCUGUAAUGGGUGGUAGCAAACGGUCCCCAUCCGUAGCGGGCUUUUGCCCUGUAUCCACUGAAGUGUGGAUUGACUGGGAGGCCCUUGUACAUACUGAGACUAAAAAGCUGCUUCAGUUCUCAAGGGUUUCAGUUCGUGAGAGGUGUUAAGAAGCCCAAGCUAUUGUUGCUGAGCCCUGAGGGAGGUGAGCAAUCCAAGCAAACUGCAGGCCUGAAUUCCCUUCAGCUAGGAUUCUCCCAGGGGGAGUUAGCAAGCGGGUAGGAGAUGUAAAGCUGGCGAGGUGUUUGUUUUAUUCCAGCCAUCGGGCACCCACUGAGAAUGUGGCUCACAGUUUGUAUGGGAUCAUCAGUGUUAAGCACUAGACAUGCUGGA